UUGAGAAGUGUGAAGCGGCGCAAUAAAACGUUCGGGAACAGGUCGUGCCGAAGGUUCAAUGUACAUUUGUAUGCAUCGUUUCCCUGUAAACACGUUAACGGUUUAGUAAACAGACGCAUCCCAUGGAUUUGAGCGCAUAAAUUCCAUUUGAACCGGUGCAGCAGUGUUAUUGCAGUGCGUCCAGUAGUCCCCCGAUGCUAGAGGUCCCUGCAAAGGUUUUAAACCACAGCAUUCGAUUCCAAGUUGUUUGAUAGUGGUUCUUCUGGCGGUGGGAUUCCCCUCGCGGAAAACAGGCGUCUUAAACGUGUAUCACUGAACCAUACUCCCCACGAGUCAUCGCGUGCGACGGACGCCAGAACGGCGACGAAGGAAGGGUGCGCAACACAACACUGAGCAUGGUGGACGUGUUCCGCUGCGGAAAGACGAGAUGGUGCUAAUACUGUCAUAGUACAACACACAAACAGGGCAAAACGAACUUUACUUCAUCUUCCGCGGUUGCCCAUCAGCUGCAGCACAGCCUACUUCGAACGUGAUAAGCGCACGCCCGUAAGUUCGAAGAAACUCGUCCACACAGUGAGCCGAUCUGAUAACAACAACAAGCAGGCCGGAAGGGAUUGGUCGAAACCCUAGUCGAAGGGCAUAUUGCAGGGACACGGUGGUAACCUCCUGCCCGGCUGGGUGGGGCCGGUAUGUGAAUUAUGAUUGAAACGACGGACAAAGCCAACGAUGCCACCCAGCAGGAGGAUGAGGACGAUGCGACGCUACCGAUCAGUUUCGGUAGCGUGCGGCAUUCCGGCCGCAUCGAGGGCAUCAACUGUACGACGCAAAGCUGGCGCGUGAAGGAGCGUAUGAAAACGGUCAGUGUGGCCUUGGUGCUGUGCCUAAACGUUGGCGUCGAUCCGCCGGAUGUGGUGAAGAUCGACAAGUGCGCCCGGAUGGAGUGCUGGGUGAACCCGUCGUCCGUGUCGCCCAGCAAGGCGCUCGAGCUGAUCAGCUUCGCGCUCCAGAAGCAGUACGAACGCUGGCAACCGCGUGCCCGCUAUCGCUACUCGCUCGAUCCGACGGUGGAGGACGUUAAGAAGCUCUGCACCUCGCUGCGACGGAACGCGAAAGAGGAGCGGGUGCUGUUUCACUACAAUGGGCACGGGGUUCCGCGCCCGACGUCGAACGGCGAGAUUUGGGUGUUCAAUCGUACGUACACGCAGUACAUCCCGUUGUCGAUCUACGAUCUGCAGACGUGGAUGGGCGCACCGUCGAUCUACGUGUACGACUGCUCGAACGCGGGAAUCAUCGUGACCAGCUUCCAGGCGUUUGCUGAGCAGCACGAAAACGAAAUGGAUCAGUUGCGCACUCGUAGCGGCAGCACGGCCGGCCAACAACAAGGGCACGGUCCUGCGGGAAGCGAACGGGACCCGCCGGAAGGGGCUCGAAAGUCGCCCUCGCCAUCGAUAGGGACGGGGACGGGUGGCCCGACCACGUAUCGAAACUGCAUCCAGCUGGCCGCAUGCGCCGCGGAUCAGCUGCUCCCCAUGAACCCGAAUCUACCGGCCGAUCUGUUCACCUCCUGCCUCACAACACCGAUUAAGAUGGCGCUGAAAUGGUUCACGCUGCAGUCGGCCUCGAAGCUGGUGCCGAACGUGACCGAGGAGCUGAUCGAAAAAAUCCCCGGCCAGCUGAACGAUCGGCGGACGAUGCUCGGUGAGCUGAACUGGAUCUUUACCGCCAUCACGGAUACGAUCGCGUGGAACACGCUCCGGCCCGACCUGUUCCAGAAGCUGUUCCGCCAGGACCUGCUGGUGGCCAGCCUGUUCCGUAACUUUCUGCUCGCCGAGCGUAUCCUCCGUGCGUACGAUUGUACGCCGGUCUCGAGUCCGGCCCUACCACCCAGCUAUCGCCAUCCGAUGUGGGCGGCUUGGGAUUUAGCGCUCGAUCUGGCCCUAAUGCAGCUGCCCGACAUCCUCGAGCGGGGCAAACCAUUCCAGCACUCGCCGUUCUUCGAGGAGCAGCUGACAGCUUUCCAGGUGUGGCUCGAAGGCAGCACUGAGCAGCGCAGUCCACCAGAACAGCUGCCGAUCGUGCUACAGGUGCUCCUAUCUCAGGUGCAUCGCGUACGUGCCCUGGAGCUGCUCGGGCACUUCCUCGACCUAGGACCGUGGGCGGUCAACCUAGCACUGAGCGUCGGCAUAUUUCCCUACGUCCUGAAGCUACUGCAAAGCUCGGCCAAAGAGCUGCGCCCGUUUCUCGUGUUCAUCUGGGCCAAGAUACUGGCCGUGGACGGUACGUGCCAAAUCGAUUUGGUGCGUGACCAAGGCCACAAGUACUUCCUGGCAGCGCUGCAGGAUACCAACCCGGGUGGCCAGCCGUUCAAGGGUAACCACCGUACGUACGCCGCGUUCGUGCUCGCCAGCAUUGUACAUAACUUCCCCAAUGGGCAGCUGAGCGCGCUGCACGGUCAGCUGGUAUCGAUCUGCUUGGAUCAGCUGAACGACGACAGCAAUCCACUGCUGCGGCAAUGGCUGGCCAUCUGCCUUGGGCAUCUGUGGCAAAACUGUGAGGAAGCCUACUGGCCGAGCGUGCGGGACAACGCGAACGAGAAACUAUACCCGCUGCUUAGCGACCCGCAUCCGGAGGUACGUGCGGCCGCCGUCUACGCCCUCGGGACGUUCAUCAGCUCCGUGACGCGGCGGUCGGAUCAUGCGAACAAAAUCGACCGCUCGACCGCGAUGCAUCUCUUCGCGACGGUCAGCAACGAUAUGAGCCCGCUGGUGCGGAUGGAACUGAUCGCCGCCCUCCAGUGGAUGGUGCUGUUCUUCGAGACGCAGUUCGUGGCCACGCUGCAGAUGGCCGACAGUCCCGAGCGGGCCGGCACCAAUCCGAUGAAGCGCGUGUCCAGCACGAACAACAUUAUCGGCAAUGUGGGCAAGGCGUCCGUCACGGUCGGUAUUUACCAGAAGCUGUGGAAUGGGUUCGUUUCGCUCUCGAAAGACCCAUUCCCGGAGGUGGCGGCCAUGGCGCAGAAGGUCGUCGAUUACGUGCGCGCCGAGACGGCCAAGGAGGUGACGGUGUGCGAUCGGAGCGGUAGUAGCAGCGGCCACUAUAGCAGUGCCUCCAGCGUCAGUUUGCCUCCGUCACCGAACACGCGCGUCAACUAUCUGACCGGCGAGUCACCACCUACCGGGCACGGUCCGAGCGAUAACGGGAGCCAUCGGAUCGUCGGUAACCACCAUCACCACCCGCACCAUCAGACACCCCUGUCGCUCAAGCGAAGGGUAGUGCACGCCCUCAAUGAAUCGUCCGACUAUUCUAGCAUCGAAACAACUAGCACCAUCGUUGCCGGUCCAACGCAAUCCUCGGCAUCCUUCACCAGCGGUUCGACGGCUGCAACGGCAACGGCGACAGCGAUGGCAGCGGCGACAGCGACGGCGGUGGGGUCGGCCGUUCCGCUAAAGCCUAUCGUUGGCACGAAGUUUAUCGAGUGGUCGGUCAGCUUCUUCGCGCAGCCCUCGAAGCACAUGCACGACACGAAGGAAACCGGGGGCACCGCCGCCAGUACGGAUCACAAUUCGUACGAGUUCCUCAACCGGCAGUCGCGCCGCGUCCGGAACCAGGCCGUCCGGGAGGAGGGCCGUUCACAGCGCAAGAAGGCCAUCUUCAAGCGGCUGGACGUGCAGCAUUGGUCUUGCCGGACGCAGCACGCCCCGACGAUCAUUAAGCUGAACCCCUAUGACGAGCAACUAGCCUUCGCGUACAAGGAUCGCGUUAUUGUAGUGAAUAUGAGUACGGAUGCAACGUACAGCCUUGUGCCGCAGAGACAAUCAGGCAACGGGAGCGGCAGUGGCAGCAUGGGCGGAAGCAGUCAACACCUCCAGCCGAACGUGCACCACCAGUCCCAGUCAAUGCACACCCAGCACGCACCCCCGCAUCGGUUGAUCAGUCAGUCGAUCAGUUUCCUCGAGCAGCACCACCACGCGCAAUCGCACCAGCCACAAUCGCUUCAGCACCAGCUGCGACCAUCCUACGAAUCGCUGUCCGGCGGAGGUGGCUUCAUCUGUCCGGUGCUGAGCGUCACGUCGCUCGAGUUCAUCAACGCGCACGACGUGGCGCUGGUGAUGGCCGGGUACAGCGACAGCACGGUACGCCUGUGGCGACCCGAGGACGCGAACGGCGAUAACUGUUUGCUGUCCGCCUGGCACGGACUGCUGGAUUUCAACACCUCCAGUCUGUCGAAAGUUAGCUGCAUGGAGCCGGCGCCCCUCGCCGCCCACGGCAGCGGCUCGGCGGCACCCGGUGGCCUAGUGCUGGCCUGGCAUCAGCGCUCGCAAACGAUCUUGGCCGCCGGCGAGGCGAAGUACAUUCGCCUGUGGGACGCCGAACGGGAGAUGCGAAUCUGUGAUAUACCGAGCGGCUCCGAUACGGCCGUGCUAAAGCUGUCGUGCGCUCCGAACGGGCUGUUUGCGGCCGGUUUCUACGAUGGCAGUGUGCGCCUGUUCGAUAGCCGUUGUCCGCCUGCGGAUGCGCGCCUGGACACGAUCCGGGAGCACGUGAAUCCCAUACUGACGUUGUGCAUGCGUGACGACUGCGAAUCCCUCGUGACGGCCUGCACCGGCGCGGUGGUGCGGCUGUACGAUCUGCGCAAGCAGGGCGGUUCGCUGCAGCACUGGAGUGCCGGAUCCGAGGUGUCGGCGAUGGCGAUCCACUCCAGUGCGGACAUACUGGCUUGUGCGUCCAACCAGAUCGUCAUCUACGGACUGGACGGAGCGGUGCUUGGGCAGGGUCGUAGCAGCGAGGGCUUCAUGGCGACGAGGAAAGGGGUCGCCUCGUGCCUGUCGUUCCACAAAUACAAGCUCAACCUGGCCGCCGGGUACAAUGACAACACGGCAGCGGUGCUAGUGCCCGAGCGGAAGUAGGAGAAGACCGUCUCGUCCGUGUGCUCUCGUCGCUACCCGAGGAAGAAGGUAGAUCGGUCUAAACAACGUUAGCUUUAUUACCAGUGUAGCCUACAGACAAUGCAAGCAGCAGCUGCCAGCAAGCCGAUGCAAGCCAAAUCAAGCAACGCACGAAGCUUCCCAGGCAGAAUUGCACUUUAUUUUCCAACAAACACAGAGACAAAGGAAAGGCAGCCCACAAGCACCUCUUUCCCCAACAAUCCCGGUCCCAUCUAUCCUAGAUCCCAGGGCGUGCGAAUCCUUCCCAGCCUAAGAAGUCCGAGCGAAACGGCCGGGAAUGCAGUCGCGGAUACGGAUGGUUUGCGUGCGGUGCAGAAACGAAAUGGAAAGAGAAUGCCAUGCCAU